AUUUACAUUUUCAUUCAUUUAUUUUUCGGUUUGCGUUUGCCUUGAUAAGUGAUAAUUAGCAGUAAAUUCUUGUGCAAGCAGAGAAUGGCCACGAAUGUAACAAAAAUGCAAGUUCUAUCUAUCUACAAAAAUCUGUUGAGGGAGUCGCAAAACUUCGCAAACUAUAACUUCAGAUCGUACGCGCUACGCAGAGUCAGAGAUGCCUUUAAAGCCAAUAAGACAUUGUCAGACUCCAAGCAGAUCCAGAAAGAAUACCAAUUUGCUAAGGAAAAUCUUGCUAUCAUCAGGCGCCAAGCAGCAAUCGGAGACAUGUAUCAGACAGAGAAACUAGUUAUCGAGAACGUCCGAUAGAACAAGUUGUAAGACAAGUUAAGUUAUCCACUCAAGUUAUAUCAACAGAGAAAAUAGUUAGGUUGCCUUACCACUGAGGCAGAGAUGAGUGGAGAUGUGCAGGAAUCAAUUAAGCAUGUGCAGGAAUUAAUAGCAUUGGCCAACGUAUCGGGAUCGGGUGUACCGAUUUAUAUCGUAAGGUUGUAAGGUCGCACACCGCUGUUAUAUUUUAUUUUAUUUGCCUCCAGGACGUAUUUAAUUGCAAAGACACUGUAUUGAAUAUUGCAUUUUAUUAUAGUUUAAUUUAAGUUGAUGUUUAAAUAUAUGAGAUGUAAUGUUUUGA